GAUGAUUCAAAACAUUUUAGAAGUUUACUGAAAUCAAAAUUCCUGAAACUUUUACAAAUUUCCGAUUCUGAUUCUGGUUUAGAAGCCGGAAAUGUUGAGUCUGGCUAAGCUUCUGUGUUACCUAACUUUUACAUACUCCACCACAAAUUAAAAGAAAAGAAAAAGGGAAGCCCUUUUUAUUGAUGGUAUCUGCUUGUUGAGGGGAUCAAGGAGAGAAAAUGGCUUCCAAUUUCUGGACAUCAACGCACUACAAAGAGCUUAAGGACCCAGAAGAGAUUAAUGUUGUUCAUCCUCUUGAUGCUCAGAGAGGAAUCUCUCUCGAAGAUUUCAGACUCAUUAAGCUUCACAUGUCGAACUACAUAUCGAAGCUGGCACAACACAUUAAGAUUAGGCAAAGAGUUGUUGCAACUGCUGUAACCUAUAUGCGCCGUGUUUACACAAGAAAGAGUUUGACAGAGUAUGAGCCUAGGCUUGUUGCUCCCACCUGCUUGUACCUGGCUUGCAAAGCAGAGGAGAGUGUGGUCCAUGCCAAGAUUCUUGUCUUCUACAUCAAAAAAUUGUAUGCUGAUGAGAAGUUUAGGUAUGAGAUUAAGGAUAUUCUGGAGAUGGAGAUGAAGGUCUUGGAAGCUUUGAACUUCUAUCUUGUUGUCUUCCACCCAUACCGUUCUCUCCCUGAGUACUUGCAGGACUCUGGACUCAAUGACACAAGCAUGACCCAUUUAACUUGGGGUCUUGUCAACGACACUUACAAAAUGGACUUGAUCCUUACGCACCCGCCUCAUCUCAUCACGAUCGCUUGCAUUUACGUUGCUUCUGUGUACAAAGAGAGAGACAUAAAGACAUGGUUUGAAGAGCUCUCUGCGGACAUGAACAUUGUGAAGAAUAUCGCUAUGGAGAUAUUAGAUUUCUAUGAGAAUCACAGAAUGUUCACUGAAGAGAGAGUUCAUGCCGCCUUCAACAAGCUUGCUACAAGUCCAUAAAGAGUUUUUGUUUUGUCUAUGUUUUUGUUCCUCCUGAGACUAUAUAUGUUUUGCCAGCAGUUUCUGUCGUGAGAUCAUUUGUACAUUGGUUUUGCUAGUCUUGGUUCAAGCAUGUCUUGACUAUAUGGACAAUAUAAAGUGGUGUGCAAAUUUUCAAAAA